UUUUGUGAUGAGUUGCACCAACUCUAACCAUGUCUUUGCACAUAACAUAAGUAAGGUCACACCUGAAGCAAGAUCGAUGCAUGGUGGAGUGAUCAGUGAGAAUGAAAACAUACAUGUUAACCAGAGAAGACGGUGGAACAACUGAACCACCAAGGAAGGGGAUUGUCCCCCCUUUUUUUUCAGGUUUGGAAGGGCAUGCACUUCACCCUUACAUGUAUGUACCCUUUGCAGUGCAGGCCAUGUGUUCCACACACUUGUGAAACGGAACAAGUCUUCCUGCAUCCUUGAACUUGUCAACCAAGUGUCCUUCCUUUGGUCUCACCUCACCUGCCAAGUGCCAAUGCUAUAAGUUGCUUCCAUGCUUAGCCUGCAACUCUCAUUUGUCCUCAGACCUUCCUGUUGCUGCCUCUUGAGAGGCUCUUUCAUCAUAGCUCAACUUUGAUCAUAUAUAUAUACAGCACACAUACCUAUAAUACAUACAUCUGUGACUUGCUUUGCUUCAUGCUAUUGAGUUUCUACAUCUGUUAAACAGAUCAGGUUUCAGCAAGAGCUAUUGAGGUUGAUAUAGCUGGAGGAUCAAUCUCAGGUCCAUAUAAAAGUGGAGUUCUAUCGACAAAGUUCGUUGUUGAGCGAUCUGCCUUGUGCUGCUUGAGGAAGAGAAAGUUCAUACAAGUAUUUUUCAUCUGAGCUGUGUGGUGGUGCAUCAAGAUGAGAGGUUUCGUUUGUGCUCAUCAUACAGAGAAAAGGCAUCGCUUGGACAGAACUUUUACCAGUUUGAGCAAGAAGAACUGCAUCGGAAGCUACUAUGCCAAGGAUGCCAAGUACAAGCCGUUCAGCGCGCUCUUGCCCGAAGGCUCGAGCGGCAAGCUGCUGUACGUGAAGCUUGUCCUCGUGCUCCUCAUGUGCGGCUCCUUCAUGGGCCUCCUGCACUCGCCAUCGAUCCACCUUGCCGAUGAACAGCACCUCACACAGCCAGAGGUGUCGAAAGCGAGCUGGAUGUUGCACCCAGACGCACCGAAUUCGGGGUACGCGUCGAGCCUGAAGAUCGACUGGUCGCAGAUCGAAAUGGCGGUGAAAGAAGUUGCUCGAGCUGAGGAUGGAAGUGGCACGCGGGUGGCGCUGCUGAACUUCGACGACGACGAGAUCGAGGAAUGGAGGGCGAGGAUGCCGCGCACGGAGGCCUCCGCAGUGCACCUGGACCACGUCGGGAGCGACGUCACCUGGGAGCACCUGUACCCGGAGUGGAUCGACGAGGAGGAGCUGUUCGGCAAGCCAGCGUGCCCGGACCUGCCGGAGCCCACCGUGGCGACGGAGGUGGACGGGGUGGCACCCCAGUACGACGUCGUCGCGGUGAAGCUGCCGUGCGGGCGGGCCGCCAGCUGGUCCAAGGACGUGGCGCGGCUGCACCUGCAGCUGGCCGCGGUGCGUCUCGCCGCGCUCCACGGCCGGUGGGCGGCGGCACACGUGCUCGUGGUGACGCGGUGCUUCCCCAUGCCGAACCUGUUCAAGUGCAAGGACGAGGUCGCGCGCUACGGCGACGUGUGGCUGUACAGGCCGGACGUGGACGAGCUGAAGCAGAAGCUCGCGCUCCCCGUGGGAUCCUGCAAGCUCGCCAUGCCAUUCAAAGCUCUGGGGGAGCCGUACGUCUCGGCGGCGGCGCAGCGCGAGGCGUACGCGACGAUCCUCCACUCGGAGCAGCUGUACGCGUGCGGCGCCAUCACAGCGGCGCAGAGCAUCCGGAUGGCGGGGUCGGACCGUGACAUGGUGGCCCUGGUCGACGAGACGAUCAGCACGCGGCACCGGGGAGCGCUGGAGGCGGCCGGGUGGAAGGUGCGCACGAUCCGGCGCAUCCGCAACCCGCGGGCGUCGCGGGACGCGUACAACGAGUGGAACUACAGCAAGUUCUGGCUGUGGACGCUGACGGAGUACGACCGGGUGAUCUUCCUGGACGCCGACCUGCUGGUGCAGCGGCCAAUGGAGCCUCUGUUCGCGAUGCCGGAGGUGAGUGCGACGGGGAACGACGGCACGUACUUCAACUCCGGCGUGAUGGUGGUGGAGCCCUGCAACUGCACGUUCAGGCUGCUGGCGGAGCACGUCGGCGACAUCGAGUCGUACAACGGCGGCGACCAGGGGUACCUCAACGAGGUGUUCUCGUGGUGGCACCGCCUGCCCUCGCACGCAAACUACAUGAAGCACUUCUGGGAGGGGGACACCGAGGAGCGCGCCGCGGCGAAGCGCCGCGUGCUCGCCGCUGACCCGCCCGUGGCGCUCGCCGUGCACUUCGUGGGAUUGAAGCCGUGGUUCUGCUUCCGCGACUACGACUGCAACUGGAACGUCCUGUCCCUGCGCCAGUUCGCGAGCGACGAGGCGCACGCGCGGUGGUGGAAGGUGCACGACGCCAUGCCGCAGCGCCUCCAAGGGUUCUGCCUCCUCGACGAGCGGCAGAAGGCGCUGCUGCGGUGGGACGUCGCGCGGGCGAGGGAGGCCAACUUCUCCGACGGACACUGGAGCGUCCGGAUCGCCGACCGACGCCGGACCAUCUGCGCCGGCGGCGGCGAGGCCUGCCGCGAGAGGGAGAUCGCCGGCAGGCGGGUGGAAGGGAACAGGAUCACCACAUCGUACGCCAAGCUCCUUGACAAUUUCUGACCACGGCAAUAACAUCAUCAUCCCGGCAAUCGCCGGUCGAUCCGACGGCUCGCGCGCCGCGUCCCGAGAGGCUUUCGAAUUUUGGCGGCAUCCAUGACGAGCUGACGAGAUGUGAGGGCUCGUUGUGUCACGUGCGCAAUGUAGCUAGUGGCAAGUAGGACGACGUGAACGAGUGAGCAUCUACGAUGCCAUCAUACAAAAAGUGUUGCCAACUUGGUUAAGUGGUUAGGUUAGACAUAACAGGGCUUGCUCCUGGUUUAUGCGCAAAUAAAACACAUCAAAGCUAAGCUAAAUUUGCCUGUUUAGUUUGUACCUAAACUUGCCAUGACUAAAACUUUGUGUGAGAAUUUUGUCAA